AACAAUGACGUAAGUAAAUAAAUAAAAUUGACAAUAUGCUGCAAACAUCCAACCUUAAAAUAAAUUUCAUUUAAAUACAAAUGUUCAGUGAAAGUAGACAGUUAAAAGUAUAAAUUAUUUUUGCAACAUAUUAUAUUCAAGAUAAAAAUGAACAUCUCAAAUUUAAGCCAAGACGAAGUAAAUGUAGUAGAAAAUUGUGAAAAUCAUGCACCAGCAAAUGCUUCGACAUCACAUACGGAAAGAGAUUUAAAAAUUGAUAUUUUAAAAGAUAUAUGUGAUAAUAACGCGAAUUUUUUCUCAAAGGACAACACAGAAAAUGGCCAAAGGCUUUAUCUAUCGUUCCUGGCAAUAGUUGAUUCUGUCGAAAAAGCUAAGCCUAAAAUACUUGCUAUAGAAACUGACAUGCACUACUUCGAUUUCGAUGAAAAUACUCCGGGAAAUGGAUACAGAAGUUUCCUCCUAGUCCUAGAUUUAGCUAUACAAAUGGCUAUUGAUUGCUCAGAAAAAGUUUUACAAAAAAGAGAUAGCACCUUUUUUCGUAAGACUUAUCUAACAAAAGACAUAGAAUCAUGUUCCCAUUUAAUGAAUAGCUUAGAUAGUUGUCUAACGCAACUUCAAACAAUUAUGUCUUUGUGUACUGAUGGCAAUCUUUUUGUUGGUGAAGAUUACCCAUUGGAUGAGUUAUUCACACAAUAUGGAGAAAUUAAUCAACAUUGUUUUUAUGGAAGACAUUUAGGAUUUCAAUAUUGUGACUCCAUUAGAAAUGUUUUACAAUUCAUUGCUUUAUCAAUGACGUUGUUUUCGGAAGUAUAUUACAACCAAGGCUCGAUGAUUAGUAAAGCUACAAAUUCCGUAAUUUCCAGUACUAAAUUUUUUAUUGAUCCUGAACAAAGAGCCAAACGAAUUGUGAAUAUAUCUCAACACGCAGAAGUAGAUUUCUGCAAAGCGUUCUGGUUUCUUGCCGAAGCAGAACUUAUGAACCAGCUGCCUUCGAUAGUAUCACCAAGUGUGGCUAUUUCUAAAGUGAUUCAAAUACCACCAGAGCCUAUAGUUAUAGAAAAUCUAGAUGGUGAAUCUUAUGAAGUACCAGUGCCUUCUUCUUAUAUUGGUCGAAAAUCGGUACAAGUUAGAUUAAUAAGCCAUAAAAUUCGAGAAGGAAUGUUAGGUACAAAAGGGAAAAGUCCUAUGGAUCCUCCUUCAAAUGCAUUACUGAUCCAUUGUCACGGCGGUGGGUUUGUUGCUCAAUCAUCAAAAUCUCAUGAUGGAUAUUUGAGACAUUGGGCAAAAAAGUUAGAUGUUCCUAUACUUUGUAUUGAUUACAGUUUGGCUCCGGAGGCACCAUUUCCGAGGGCAUUAGAAGAAAUAUUAUUUGCUUAUUGUUGGGCUAAAAAGCAUCAUGAAUUUUUAGGAACUACAGGUGAAAUAAUAAUUGGUGCAGGUGAUUCAGCUGGAGCAAAUCUACUGCUCAGUUCCACAUUGAAAUGUAUUGAAUCCAACAUCCCUACGAUGUCAGGUCUAUUUGUAGCUUAUGUGCCUACUCUUGUACAUUAUAUACCAUCUCCAGCUCGACUGCUUUGCAUGAUGGAUCCUCUUUUACCAUUUGGAUUUUUGAUGAAAUGCCUCAAAGCUUAUGCUUGUCCAGAUCCCCACUUACAACAAACGUUUAGCAACAAUAACAAUAAGGAUACGGAAAGUUUUGAAGAAAUUACUGAGUCAGAUAUAAUGGAAUUGCAAGCUCACAAAUCUCCUACUUCAGAAAAUUCCGACACCUUAACUUAUGAAUCGUUAGAAUCCAAUGAAGUUAACGUUUCAGAUAGCGUUUCUAGUCAUAAAUCUGGACCACUGAUGAAUGAAAUUUUAGAAAGAUAUGCUAAAGAGCAACAACUUUCUGUUGAUGGCAACAAAGAUACAACAAAGGCAUCGACUAGCCAGUCAUUAUCAAAUGCAUCUAAUUCAUUUCAGUCAAAAGUAGCAAACUUUGUGUGUAGUCUAAGAAAUUCGUUUUCGAAAUAUUUAGUUAUAGGUGAAAGAACAGCUAGCGACGCUGAAAAAUUGUUGGAUUUAGAUACGUCCCCGCAGAUAAAUUUUGUAGACAGGUUUUGUUUCGAAGUACCAAAAGACCCUUUCUUGAGCCCCAUUUUUGCUACAGAUGAAGAUUUAAGGAAAUUUCCUCCCACAAAAGUUUUGAGUGUUGAAAUGGACCCAUGUCUUGAUGACUGCAUAAUGUUUGCCAAAAGGCUCAAAAAUGUGGGAAAUGACGUUAGUCUAGAUAUAUUAAGAGGUUUGCCUCAUGGAUUUUUAAAUUUUUCAUUAUUUUCGAAAGAGGCUCAUGAAGGUUCCAAUGUAUGUGUCCGACGAAUUGAGGAACUAUUAAAACAGAGAAGACAAAAUCAGACAAUACUGUAAUUUAGUCAAUGAUUAAAAUAAUUCAUAGAUCUGUCCAAUAGUGGAAAAGUAUUAUUCUAUAGGUAUUAAUAUUCAUUGUUAAUAUUGAUUUAGCUAGGUAAUUGGUUGGAGAUGAAUGCAACAUUAUUUUUAUACAGUAGGUACUUUACGUACAUCUCAACUAUAUUUAUUUAUCCAAUUUAAACAUUAAUAUUUGUUGGCCAAAUAUUACUGGUUGCUUCUGUUAGUAAACGUGGUUAACACGUUUCUGAUCUAAUGGAAAUAUUGUGGAGUGAAAUAAAUGUUUAAAGAAAUUAACAACUGGCUUAUAAACAUGAUUUAUUCAUAAUUACUGAAGUAAUAGAUCUGUUGAUUAGAUUAUGAGCUUUUUUGUUUUAUUAUAAUAUUAUCGUGAAAGGGCUGUAAAAGUUUAUUAAAAGAAUGUAUUUUGUGUUUAUUACAUAUUACAAACUGAAAAAUCCUAAAAAAAACAAGAAGUAAGUUCGUUAUAAGAAUUUUCGAGAUGUCAAAUGAAGAAAGGGGUUGUUUUCCAUGUUUCAGAGUAAAAUUGUUGCAUGAUUUCACGUAAAAAUACACCAAAACAAGCAGUAUAAUAUUCUUUUCCAGCAACAAAAGCAACAAGGUGGACUCAGUCGCCAAACGGGAUCGGCGAACUCACCAAUGGGCAUAGAACUCAUCCUUAGUGUAGCUAGAAGUGUUGCUAUCGCGUCUGCUUACAAAGCGGGCUCGGUAAUGAAGGAUUGAGACACCUGGCUUGAAACAAGCGAAUACAUAAAUGGACCCUCUGCUUCUCUUACCAAACAACUGUUCCAAUUAAAUAGGCGCGAAAUCCGACUAGUGACCGAACUUUUAAACAGAUACGGUCAUCAAAGACGCCAUCUCCACAUCAUGGACAUAACCACGUCAUCUGUGAGUGCUGGGCAUUCACACGAGUGCUGUUCAAACAUUUGAGUAAGCCUCACAGCGUGCCUAAUGACUUCAAAGGGUUCAAGCACCUGAUCGGCUUCUCAAAGGACAUCGGCCUUUGGUAACGUCAGGUGAGACACAACGGGCCUAUCUGAAGGUCUAUGUGCUCAACUUGUCCUUGGCUACAAGGCUACUAUGAAUACUUGACUCUUAAUAACCACUGUAGGUGAAAUUGACUUUAAUUUCAAUUUAAACCACUAAAUAAUCAUUUUAAACAGCAGAAGUUGAUAUCUUUCAGGCACAGUAAUGAUAUAUUGCCUUUUACAUACCAGAUGUACUAGUUUCAUGGUCCACUUUUUUAUAUUAAAUAUUUAAGUGGAUCAUAUUCUUUAAGAUAGUGGAAUAUGUUCAAUAGAAAUUGUUUUAAUAUGCUUAGGGCCUGUUCCUAAAAAUUAUACCAUCAAUGUUCAAUUUUUUUAUUAGUUUUUUAGCAAUAUAAGAGCCAAUUCAUGUUAAAGUUCACGUAUUGAUAUUUCUUUUUCAAAUUGAGAAAACUGGUAGAGUACUCAAAGGAACUAUAGAAUAAUAUACGAAUUUCUCUUCCAUUUUCCCCGACUUUCUAAUUGUUCAACAAAACUGUCCUAAGCAACUGAUUUCCAGUAUUUUUCUAUUAAUAUUGCAAUAAUUAUAUAUAAAGUGAAUAUUUGUAUCUGAAACGUUGGAAAAUAUCCCAUAUAGCGGUUAUUAUGAUGAUAUUAAAAACGUUAUAAAAUCAAAUUGCAAACUGUAAACACAUGUUUUCACAAAUGUGGAAAUAUUGAAAAUGGCUUAUUCGCAAAUAACCCCGUAAUAAUAACCUUAUUGCAACUUCUGUGAUAUUGUUUUAUUUGUGGUGUUUAUUUAUAAUUUAUUUAUUAUUAUAAUAAAUAUGUUCAGGGAAGAAAUAAAGGAUCCUGUACUCGUACUGAAAUUCAGAUUCAGCCAUUUUUGUCAUUAACCAUUCAUAUAUAUUUAAAUUCUUUAGGUUGGUGUCAAAUUGGAUGUAAUUGUUUAAUUAUAUUGAUAUUUUGUUGAAUAAACAAGGUGGUUCAGAAUCAAAAACAUUAAUUUCUAGACCUCAGAAAUAACAUCUUUAUAUAUUCUCAACUAAUAACAAAAAUUAAACCUUUUUAAUGGAUGUAUUGAGUUUAUCCCCCACCCACCUUAUUUCAUAUUGAAUUGGGGUAGUUUUGGUAGCUAAGUGAUGGUUCUUAUAAUAGCAUUUUUUCAAAUUUUAAUAUUAUCGUUAUUUUUAAUUAAUUUAAACUCGAAAGUAUACUUUUAGUUUACUGUAAUCGUUUCAAUUCUGCAAAACCGAAACUACCCUGUAUUCAUAUGGGAUAAGAUGACUUGAAAUUAAUUAUCCCACACCACCACCAGCAUGUGGCACUACAGUUCGGUAUUAACCUUGGUCUCCCCGACAAUUCUCCUUCAAAUUGGUCUGUUCUUCACCAACUUUCCUCGUCCUCUCACAUUCAUUGUUUGUAAGUCUUUGUAAACUUGAUCAGUCUGCCUCUUUUUCUACUGCUUUAUAUUCAUGAUACUCUUUGACACCCGCUUGUCCUCCAUUCUUUCAAUGUGGUCAAAUCAUCUCAAUCUCUGGGUUUUAAUGAUGUUUUCAUUGCCCAAUAUUUCAUUCAUUUCUUCAUCCAGUCAAUUGCGUUCAUUCUAAUUCCUCCCAAUUUCUUUGAUUAUGUGUGUAUCGCUUUCUCUUAAUUAUUAUCCUACUGUCUUAUAAUCACUCUCAACAUACGAACUCUAUAGUCAAGGCGAUUUGGCAAAUAUUUGAAAAAAUAAUUCAUCCUUUGGUGUGUUGUAUCUCCUUUAUAUAUAUUUAUUUUUUGAGGUACAGUGAGCUCUAGAAAUGUAUCAUCAUCACACAGUGUGGACCACCUUGUAUGAUCGAAAAAUAAUGUGAGUUGAAAUUAAAAAUAAUUUACUUCAACACAUACAAAAUUGUUGGUUCUGAUCAUUUAUGCUAAAUUUUAUUCCAAUAUAAUUUACAAUAAUUCCUAUUUAUAUUUAUGUAUACUACAAAUAAUUUGUACCAAUUAUAGCUUCAUUAAUUUUGAAUGAAUUUCGCAUCAUUAGUGUGAGGUCCUUUGAACAAUUCUCAAAUGAACAACCAUUGUUUUAUAUGUUUUUGUUGACCAAAUUAUAUUUGAUAUUUACUGUUAUAAUUUAUUUGAAUAAACUUAUUUUGAAGCGAA